ACCGCGUACCGUUCGCGCGCGCACUCUGUACGUCCGCCGAAGCCGCGUACACACACACACACACAAACACGCGGGCGCGCGCGCGCGCGCACACACACACGCAUACACGUACGUACGCACACGCAGGCCCGCCGCCGUCGCCGCCGAAGCCACUACGCGACACAGCCGGUCCGUCGUCCAGUUUAGUAUUCGACUCGUCGUGUGUAGCGCGCGCUCGUCCGUUGCGAUCAGCUGCCCGUGUACAUUGAAAUACAAUAAUAAUAACAAUAUAUAUAUAUAUAUGUAUAUAUAAAUUUAUACAUAUAUAUAUAUAUAUAUUUUGAGAAGAACGGACCGAAAGUGAUAAUACGAUCGGAGAGAAGAAGAUAAAAAAAAAAAAAAAUAAUAAAAAACCGCGUGCGCUUGAGUGUGCGGUGUGUUGUGUUUUCGGCGGUACACGUCGUGCGGACCGUUUUUUUUUUUUUAAAAAAAAUUUUUUCAAAUUUUUCAAGUUUCCCGUCAAGCCGAAUAAUAAUAACGUCGCGCAGUUCCACUCCGGUGCUGCGGCGGUCCGUUUUCAAGUGGUACGCUCAUCACACCCGCGCGCCAGUGCGUGUACGCGAUUCGCGCGCGCGCGCGUCGUCCGACCGACCGAGUUCUCGGGACGAUAAAUAGCCGAUCGUCGCCGAGUCCCGAGACCGCGAUUACCGUCCGGUGGUAUCACCGCUACUAUCGCCACCACCGCCAUCACCACUGCUGCUGCUGAGACGACAACAACGACGGGACUGCCGAGGCAUCGCGUACGACGGCCGACGCAUCGCUGCACGUAUUGCGCGCCGAAAUGCGACGUCCCGAUCAGCUGGUGUGCAGCAUAAGCAGCAGCACGAACAGCGCGAGCAGCACAAGCACGAGCAACAGCAGCAGCAGCAGCAGCAGCAGCAGCAGCAGCAACAACAGUAGUGGCCUACGUUGUUAUCGUUUCGUCGUCGUCGUCGCCGUCGCCGCCGCCGCCGCCGCCGCCGUUGUUGUUAAUGCACCGCUUUGCGAAAGAUAAUAACCGCCGUCGCCGAUUGUCAAUCAUUACCGUUCACUACAAUCACGUAGACACGAGUUGCCGUCGCUCGUUUUAAAUUAAAAAAAAAAAAAAUUUUGUUUUGUUAAAUUUUUUUGAAAUCUUUGAAAUCUCAAGCAGCAGCCACGACCUGCACGUUUAUGUAUCAUUUCACUUAACGUAAACAACAUUUUACAAUGAUUUUUGAAUUACUGACGUUCACGCCGUUUUACUGUUGAUGUUGCAACUUAAUUUUCAAACAAUUAUUUUUCAAUUUUUCCUAUCAAACAAAGAAUAAUAUCACUAAAGUGUAUUGCACGUAUACACAUGCGUGUGGGCGCGUGUGUGUGAAUACCUAAAUCACUGGACGUCAAACAACACAGUCUCGUGUUAAGCCCGUUGCAGUGAUCUUGUACACACAACAAUAGUUUUUAAACGGUCUGCUGUUGGUUUACAAAAGCAGCCACAACGGCGAUAAACAAUUACAUUAGUAAUAGCAGCAGCAGCAGCAGCAGCAGCAGCAGCAACAGCAGCGGCUCGUCUGAAAACAUGGCUCAACCCAGGGUGAGUGUUUAUUACGACGAACCGGGAAUACACCAGCAACAACAACAGCAACAGUACAUGGACGCAGUGGUCGGAGCGGCCGCAGCGGCUGCGGCUGGUAACGGCGUAGUGCCGCCCGGCGUAGUGCCCGGCGGUGGAGUGCCCGGUGGCCUGGGCCUCGCCGGCACCGGCGGUAUGUACGACCAACACCAACAGCAACAGCAUCUCGCCCAUAGGGGCCUCCAAAACAUGGCCGCCGCGGCGGCAGCAGCGGCCGCGGCCGCAGCUGCACAGCACCACCACCAUCAUCAGCAAGCGGCGCACCUCCAGCAGCAGCAACAGCAACAGCAACACCCCGUGUCGUCCAUGUUCCAUUCGGCGGCCGCGGCCGCAGUGGCUGCCACACCGCCGAACCAUGUGUCGCCGGCCGCCGGUGGUGGUACGCCCGCCAACAAUCACACGUCCGGCGGCGCAUCGGUUGUGGUGCCCGAAGCUCAGAAACGCGACAAGGAUUCUAUUUACGGGCACCCGCUGUUCCCGCUUCUGGCAUUAAUAUUUGAAAAAUGCGAACUAGCCACGUGCACGCCCCGGGAUCCAGGCGUAGCGGGCGGUGACGUGUGCUCGUCCGAGUCCUUCAACGAAGACAUCGCCGUAUUCUCCAAACAGAUACGUCAAGAGAAACCGUUUUACAUGGCCGAUGCUGAAGUAGAUUCGUUGAUGGUGCAAGCAAUUCAGGUGUUAAGGUUUCAUCUAUUGGAGUUAGAAAAAGUCCACGAACUGUGCGACAACUUUUGCCAUCGUUACAUAAGCUGUCUGAAAGGAAAAAUGCCAAUUGAUCUCGUGAUCGACGAACGGGAUUCGUCGUCGUCCGCGUCCGUAGCAGCUGUUGGCGGUGGCGGUGGAAAGUCCAUGUCCGAGCUUGGAGGCCUGGGCGGUCUAGGAGGCGCUACGAAUGGCAACAACGAUGGCCGUAGUAACGCGGAUUCGACAUCGCACACAGACGGGGCGAGUACGCCAGACGUCAGACCACCUUCAUCUUCAUUAUCGUAUGGUGGACAUGGGAAUGAUGACCGAUCUCCCGGUUCCGGAGGUACACCUGGACCGAUGUCACAGCAACCGGGCUCGCAACAAAGUCUCGACCACGGCGAUCCUGAAUUGGGUAAAUGGUGUCAAAGGCGAGAUUGGCCUCCACCAUUAGACGCCCGGGCGGCAUCGGCCGCGGAAGCGGCGAAACGCGGUCUUCUGUAUCAAUCUGUGUUCCUCGGCGGUAGCCCAAAUGAUUACAACUCGUGUGAUGCGAGUAACGCCAGCGUUGGCAGUGGAGAUGGCACGGGAGAAGAUGACGAUGAUCCAAGCGGCGGAAAGAAGAAUCAAAAGAAAAGAGGUAUUUUCCCAAAAGUGGCCACCAAUAUACUGCGCGCGUGGUUAUUUCAACAUCUAACGCAUCCUUACCCAUCGGAAGAUCAGAAAAAACAACUUGCUCAAGAUACUGGUCUGACUAUACUUCAAGUCAACAAUUGGUUCAUCAACGCUCGGCGAAGAAUAGUUCAACCGAUGAUCGAUCAGUCGAACCGUGCCGUAUUCUCACCGCACGCCGGCCCCAGUGGAGCGUACAGCCCCGAGGCGGCUGGCCUAGGAUACAUGAUGGACGGACAGUCUCAGAUGCUCGCAGCGGCUGGUCACAGACCACCGGGUGACCCGGCCUAUCACAACGAAUAUCAUCAUUACCCGGCCCAAUACUACGGUCAUUUGUAGUAUCGUAAAUUACGAUCUGAAUUUUAGAACUCGUGUUUCAUUACAAUGAUUGAUAACAAUCCGGUUGACUGAUGUAUAUUUUUUUUCACUGGUCGCUAUUAUUACUUUUUUUUUUUUUUAUAUGUACUGUGUGAAUAACUGUAAACAUGAACUACACGGAUUGUUUCCCCAUUCCCGUUUCAAUAACGAUUGGAUUGCGGCGGUGUCUUCAUUUGAACACGAAAAGAAAAAAAAAAAAAAAAAACGAAAUCGUCCGAUUUAAACGACGAUUAGAACAUGUCAACAAAACGAACACUACUCCAUGUACUGUUGCGUCGAAUCAUUAUGCAUACAAUGUACGUUACGGGCGUAAUGCAACGUUGUAACGCGAUUAUAUAUUAUCUGUAAUUAAGACUAUUUAUUUUUUCUCUUUUAAUAUUAUUAUUAUUUUUAAAUUUUUUUUUUCUAGCCGACUUUAAACCGAUAGUCGUACGUGGUAAGGUAUAUUACGUGAGCGCGUAUCGUCUACGCACCAACACCGUGGUACGAUAACAGUAGGUAAUCGUCGUGUGCGCGGACGUCGUUCGUUGUAUCGCAACAAUGACGUUCGAUACGUUUUCAUGAUGUACUGCGUGGCCUCGUGCCCGCGAGAACAGUACUGUUCUCGUCGUUACCGCGUUCGAACAGGACGCGGUGGUCGUUACGUCGCGCGCGUUUCGAGUGGACUUCCCCGUGUUGUUUCGGGUUCCGAGCCGGACGAUGAACGUUUCCGAUCGCGGCACGCAGAUGCGAUGUCGACGUCGAACGUGUUCGCGCGGCAGUACACGGGUUGCCGGUUUUUUUUUCUCGUUUUUCCGCACGGCUCGCACCGGUUUUCUGGUAACGGCGUCCGGGAUCCCGUGUCGCCGUCCCGUUGUUCCGACAGUGCGCCCCGUUGUUCGAUUGCACCGCGCGCACGAAAAGCGCAACGCGCGUACGUACCGAAAACUUCUAUUUCCGUGCAAUCGAGUUUCGUCCGCGUUCAACGCGCACACGUCGUACGUAUCUUAUGCGGGGGAUCACGCGCGCGCGCGCCCGCGCUCAUACACUCGCCGUCGAGUGAACAGUGCUUUCUCGGACUCUUAUAACGAUAUGGUAUAUAUUAAUUACACAUAUACGUAUAUUGUAUUAUGAUAUGUAUUAUGAUAUGUAUUAUGAUUAUGAUUGUACUUUAAAUACUAGUCAUGUUUUGUGUAUCUCACUGUACCGUAAACAUUAAAACGAUAGUUACGAUUGUUGCACGCGAUGGCUUCGAUAGCGUCGCGACGAUACGAUAAUGUCGUACAUCAAGUAUAUUAGACCCGAGAAAAGAAUGGUGUGCGUAUGAAAUAAUGUGUUGCGUAUGAUUUCACGGUUUCAAUACUAUUUUUAACGUCUGAAAAGGUUGGAAAUCCACUUCAUUUGUUAUUGUUUUUACACAUUAUUUUUUUAGUUACCAAAAAAUUUUAACGAUAUAUUAUAUUAUGUUUCUGAACAUCGUGUCUCGCAAACAACUAUUUUUAAUUAAAAGUUCCAACGCAUAAAAGUUGACGGAUUCGAUUUUGAUUUUUCAAAAAAAAAAAAAAAAAAA